AUGCAUCUUCUUCAAAUCUGCAAGUUGGCAGUCAUUGCCACAGCCGGAUUUGCUCUUGCCCAUCCUGGCGCUCAUGAGUCCAACUCUUUCAACUACCUGGGCAAGCGUAACUUCCUGCGCAGUGCCCGAAGCACCCUGGAUCAGUGUGCGGACAAGCUCGAGGCACGUGGAGUCAAGACCCGUGCUGAAGCCCGCCGCGCAGCCCUGAUCGAGAAGUACAGGAAACGAACCGUCGCCAUUGAGCCCCGUGACACCGACAAGGUCCUGAAUACUUCACACCACUCUGACCUUCACGUUACCCCAAACACCCCCGCGAAGGAUCUUUUCGACGCCGACCCAGUCUGCAUCCUCGCCCCGGAGGGCGAAAUCGGACCCUUCUGGGUAAAAGGCGAGCUUAUCCGCUAUGACAUUAGCGAUGGGGAGGAUGGUGUUCCCAUCUAUCUUGAUGGGCAAUUCAUUGAUAUAAAUACCUGCGAGCCGAUCAAGGACCUCUACUGGGAUGUGUGGAACUGCAACUCGACUGGUGUCUAUUCCGGCGUGCAAAGCGGCAUGAACGGCGAUAGUGACGAUGACUCCAAUCUUGACAAGACAUUCCUCCGUGGCAUCCAGAAGACCGAUGCGGAUGGGGUUGCAGGUUUUAAGACCGUUUUCCCCGGCCACUAUGGUGGCCGUACGACACAUAUUCAUGUUGUCGCUCAUCUUAACGCGACUGUUCUACCCAACAACACGCUCACUGGCGGUUACGUCCCCCAUAUUGGGCAACUGUUCUUUGAUCAGGAUUUGAUAGAUGAAAUCGAGGCGACCUCCCCUUACAACACAAACACUGUGGACAUAACGGCGAAUGCAGACGACCACGUUGUCAUAGUCGAGACUGAAGACAGCGACUCUGAUCCAUUCUUCCAAUACGCACUGCUCGGCGACUCCGUUGAAGAUGGCCUUUUUGCUUGGGUCACCUUAGGAGUCGAUGUAUCUGCCAAUCACGAUUCGUCCGUUUCCUACGCCGCUACCUUAACCUCGUCCGGAGGUGUCGUGAGUGAGAAUGCCGGAGGGGGUGGUGGUCCGAUACCGUCUGGUUCUGGCCCUCCAUAUUUGUGA